UGUUGUGUUCGCCGCGUAAAGAUAUUCCGCGUAACAUUUCCCGACCAGCGAGAUUCAUCACUCUGCUGCAAAGCCCUACUAUCAAAUGGAACGCUUUGUCAGUAUCUCCUUGAUCUUAAUUAACUGUUGCUGCUUGAUUGCGCCAUGCCAAGCGGUAUUAUUAAUUCAGCUGCGACCAAUGGUGAACAUCCCCAAACUUGGUCUACUCCUCGGAUCACAGACAAAAUCGUCAGCUGGUAAGGGAAUUUACGCUUUCAGAGGCAUUCCUUAUGCCCAGUCGCCGGUCGGAGAGCUGCGUUUCAAGGUUACGUCAACUGAUGUUGUUUCUUUGCCGGUCAUGGUGUGGAUUCACGGAGGAGGUUUUACAGUAGGCAAUGGAAAUUCCGGAUCUGUCUCGGAUUUAUAUGGUCCUGGCUACAUACUCAAUCGUGAUGUCGUCUUGGUCACCCUCAAUUACCGUUUAGGGGCUUUUGGUUUCUUGAGCACAGAAGAUACUGAAGCCCCAGGGAACUAUGGACUUCUCGACCAGUCCUUAGCUCUGAGGUGGGUGAGAGAUAACAUCCGUUAUUUUGGUGGUAAUCCUGAUUCGGUUACUAUUUUUGGGCAAAGCGCCGGUGGCGCCAGUGUAGAGUUCCAAAUGCUCUCACCCCAUUCUAAAGGGUUGUUCCAUAGAGCAAUAGCCCAAUCCGGGUCCACCAGAUGCCCAUGGGCGCUGCAGAAAACUGUGGGAGAAUACACCCACAGCCUGGCAAGCAAUUUGAAUUGCCCAACUUCAGACUCUCGGCAAUUGCUUCAAUGUCUAAGAAGGAGAAGUGCCAGACAAAUUACAAUGGAUAGGAAGAAAUACGCUUUAUGUUUGUGGCCGGUUGCAUUUGGACCACGAGUCGAUAAGGAACGGACCUCUCCGUUUCUUCCUGAUGACCCGGAGAAACUCAUAACUCUUGGACAAUUCAACAAUGUGCCGUUAAUCGCUGGACUAACUGAAAGCGAAGGAGGAUUAUUUGGUGCAACAUUGGCAUCAUUCCCUGGAUUCAAUCUGAAGGCGUAUAAAACAGAUCAGAUCAAAAGUAUUCGUUACACCUUGGGCAUGGAGAAAUGCGAGGACGGAUAUGAAAUAGCACAGAAAGCAUAUCAUGAGUAUUUUAUCAGCAACAAUAAGAGAAGUUGCAAAAUUCCUACCCAGUAUGCAGAGUUAACGUCGGAUUUUGGUUUCUUCAAACCCGUCGACGAAUCUGUGAAAUUAUGGAGCAAAUACAGUGCCCAUCCAAUCUACUACUAUCGCUACGGAUAUCGACACAAACUAGGCUUAGCUAAUUUGUUGGAAUUGCCUUUUAAGAUCGACUUUGGUGUUGUUCAUACCGAUGAAUUAUUGCUGGUGUUUACAAGCAUAGGAUCGCCCUUAGCAAAGCAUCCGCGCGACAUCAAAGUGUCCAUCAUGUUGGUGGAUCUGUGGACGUCAUUCGCAACCGAUGGAGUACCGAAGAGCAAUCUCGUUCCGGGCAAUUGGCUCCCGACCACGGAAAAACAGACCCGCUAUCUCCAAAUCAACGCCCAAAGUCCUAAACUAGUUAAUGAUUCGAUGCCCUUUGAAUCGCAACUCGCCUUCUGGUAUGAUUUAUUAGAUUCGUAAUCUUUGCAUAGGCUACUAAAAGAGGAUUGCACGUACCCUUAAACCACCUUAAACGAGGGGAGAGAUAUAAUUGUUAUGUUAGUUUUA